GCGUGAGGGGAGUGGAGCCGCGGGGAGAGCCUCGGUGGGUGCGGGUGAGCUCCGGUGGUUUCUGCACUUGAUGCCUGGUAAAACACUGUGAUGGCAGCUCAGAUGACCAAUGCUCAUCGACGGUUCUUGCARGUUCUGAUGUCUAAUGGGAUAACAGAAGCAUCACAGGCCAGGAAAUUACACCAGCACUGCUGUGAAAUUGAUAAAGUUUAUUACGCACAUGAUAAACUGGAUGAUUUCAUCAGCACUAUUAACAGCCACCUGCAGCCUCUGUUUAUGCAGAUCCGGAAAGGAAUAUCGGAGGAAGAUGGGAGAGCACAUUAUGCUGUAGUGAAUUUGGCAGAAACAGAAGUAACUAAAAUGGCAUCUGACUAUACAGAAACUGAAUUAGAAUUGUUCAGAAAAACAAUGGACCUAAUAAUUUUAUCAGAAAAUGGCUUUGCCUCAUCUACAGAUAUUUUAAACUUGGCUGACCAACUUAAGACAAAGAAAAUGAAGAAGAAGGAAGCAGAACAAGUGCUGAAAGUUUUUGUGGAGGAUAAGUGGCUCUCUGAGAAAAAUGGAGAAUACACUUUGCAUACUCGUUGCAUAAUUGAGAUGGAACAGUACAUUCUCAGCAACUACCAGGAUGUGGCAAGGAAAUGUAACAUCUGUCACAGCCUCGCCAUCCAGAGCCAAGUAUGYGAAUGCUGUGGAAUUGGAAUGCAUUUACCUUGUGUCAGAAAGUACUUCAGAGGACAGACUGAACCCCGCUGUCCCAAGUGUAAUGAAUUCUGGUCUUGUGACCUCCCAGGUACGAGUCAGAUGGGCUCCCAUACUCACCACAGAGCUCAUUCUCAGGCCUAGCUGAUGCCAGUAAAAUUUGAUGUCARUGACAUCUGUUUGCCCCCACUCUGGCAGAACAGCCAGACUGUAUUGUAUUCAUUAGUAACAGUGGUCAGUKUAUUAUUUUCUAAAAUUCUAAGAAUUUUACAAUAAAACUAUCAUUGACUUUCCUGUUCACAGUAAUGCCUGCACAGCUUUCUUGGASGUUGUUUUGUGUUUGUAAUUCUCCAUAUUCUUGGGUUGGCACUCUUAGUGCGUGUUUGGGGAUGAAAGAUGCAAAUAUUUGAGUCAGUCCUGCAAGCUCAACUCUCAAAAGGAGCCUUUCUCAGCAUGUACUCCCUAUUGGUACAGAGAUUGUGCAACUGAAUUUGUACUAUGGAAAUGACACCUGCUGUAGCACCUCAAGCAGGUGAAAAAUCAGUGCAGUAUGUGUAAGGCAGCUGGCUGAGUCUGUGACCUAGGGCUGGAGYUGGAACA